UCUUUCUCCGGCCGCUAAUGGUUUAUUAGAGAGGCGGGGAAAGCCGCGCCUCCUGGCGGGCCAAGAGAAAAAUUCCGGCGGGAGCUCUCUGGGUGGACCGGACGGUGCCCCUCAGCCCUUUCCUCUGCUAGCCUCCUCCUCGGCUGAGCUGCAGUGGGCGCGGUGCCUGUUAUUUCCGCCAUCUCGAGGUGCUUGGAACUGAUGCGGGAGAUUGGUCGGUGAUUCCUUAGGUUUCUGGCCUUUCCAGACCCUCGUUUGUUUUCUGCGUGCAGAGCUCUUUUGGGGUCUGGUGGGGGUUCUGUUAUCCUGUGCGCGUCAUCGCGAAGCUCUGUCUGAGGGUCCGGUUUCCUGGCUACGGUGCCCCUCCCUUCUGGAGGCAGAGUGACGGGCCCGUGGGCGGGCGGGCUGCGCUAGGUGCCUGCGUCCCGCCAAAGAGCCAGCAGUUAUUGUGUAGCACUGGACCGGGAAUCAGGAGACCUGGUUUCUAAUCCCUGCUCUGUCACUAGCAAGCUGUGGGAUCUUCGGUAAUUUUCAUCUUGUGAAGUUGGACUUCAUUUUUGGAAGCUGUUAACAAUCCUUUAUAACUGAGACAAGUGAAUGAAGUGGAUGUUGAAGCUACCCUUUGGGAAGCUUAAGUGAAAAUGGUACAUGUUAGAAGACAUGAAACAAGGAAAAAUUCUAAAGCUCAAGUGCCUGAGCAGAAAUCUCGAGUUGAUUGGAGGCGAACUAAAAGAAAUAGUAUCUCACAAUUAUUUGAUAGUGAUGAAGAUCUUGAUAGUGAUGAAGAACUUGAUAGUGAUGAAGAGCUUGAUAGUGAUGAAAGUGUUGAUAAUAAUGAAAGUUUUGAUAAUGAUGAAGAGCUUGAUAGUAACAAGGGGCUUGAUAGCAAUAAAACAGCAGAAGAUAAAAGAAAGCUUAAAUUAAGUAAAGUUGAAAGUGAAGGAAACAACAGUAAGCAUCUCAUUAACACUGACAACAGUUCAACAUAUGAAGAAGAAAUGAGCAAAACCAAACAUAGGAGUAUUGAUUUACCAGAUCAGGAAAAACAUCCAAGUCAAGAGGAUAAUGAUCUCAAUAAACACGCUGGACAAAUAAUAGAGGAGGAUUUAGAAGAAGAACACAUCAAGCGAGGGAAAAGAAAAAGGAUAUCCUCUGUGAUGUAUGACAGCGAUGAGAGUGAUGACAGUGAUAUCCUAGUUAGAAAAGUAGGUGUUAAACGUCCACGUAGAGUGGUUGAAGAUGAAUGUUCUUCAGUGGAAAUGGAGGGAAAAAACCCCGAGAAGACAUUAGCUGCACGAAAGCGAGAACAACUUCAGAAGCUGAAAGAACUCUCAAAACAAAGAUCUCGUCAGAGACGCAAUAGUGGUAGAGAUUUUGAGGACUCUGAAAAGGAAUCCUGCCCAAGCAGUGAUGAAGAUGAUGAUGAUGAUGAUGAUGAUGAGGAAGAGGAGGAGGAGGAGGAUUAUGAAUAUGAUGAAGAUGGAGAUGAUUAUAUUAUUGAUGACUUUGUAGUGCAAGAUGAGGAGGGUGAUGAAGAGAAUAAAAACCAACGAGGAGAAAAGUUAACUACAUCACAGCUGAAAUUAGUAAAACAGAAUUCUCUUUAUUCGUUUAGUGACCACUAUACUCACUUUGAAAGAGUUGUGAAGGCUCUUCUGAUCAAUGCUUUAGAUGAAUCUUUUCUGGGAACAUUGUAUGAUGGCACUAGGCAAAAGUCAUACGCUCAAGAUAUGCUGACAUCUCUUCAUUAUUUGGAUAACCGCUUUGUUCAGCCUCGUCUAGAGAGUUUAGCUUCUAGAAGUCGUUGGAAAGAGCAAUAUAAGGAACGGGUAGAAAAUUAUUCUAAUGUAAGUAUCCAUUUGAAGAAUGCUGAAAACUGCUCCUGCCAGGCUUGUGGAUUGCAUCGCUACUGUAGAUAUUCAGUGCAUUUAUCAGGAAAGUUGUAUAACACCAGAACCAUGGAAACAGAUGAUUUCAUGUCACAUGACAAACAGGUGUUUACUGUUGGCAGAAUUUGUGCUGAUCGUACCAUAAUUUAUCAUAAACUGAAACAUUUUAAAUUCAAACUGUACCAGGAUGUUGCUCCAUUGCAAAGACAGAAGAAGUGGAGGAUGAACAGGUUAAGAAACAGUGAAAGAAUUUUCAGUCAGUCCAAAGAAAGUGGCUGGAUUAAGGAGAAAUACGGUCAACUUGAAGAAUAUCUCAAUUUUGCGGAUUACUUUCAAGAUGAGAAGUUUGACUGAAUUGUAACACAUUUCCUUCAAAGAAGAUUUUAUAAAUUCUUGUAAAUGUGAAGAUCCUGAAUCUUGUUUCUCUAUAUCAUGUGACAAAUUUAUAAAUUUUAUGUAUGUACAUCUUCAUGGCAGAAUAUCUUGUAUAAAACAUAUGUUCAUUUUAAUUCCCAUGACAUGGCACUCUAUAGUCUAAUAAAACUUUUAUCUGAUGUACAUAGAAAACAUAAGCUUAAUAAUUUUUAAGUCUGUAAAUGUAUUUUAAAGUUACAUAACAAUGCCUUUAUGACACAUGACUGUCAAGUGAAUGAUCUGUUCAUGUCCUGUCAGUUUAAUAGAAAUAUGUCGUAUUUUAAAGAUGUAUUUAGAUUAACAUCUAUGUGUAUUUGUUGCUGCAUCCCUUUCCAGGUCUGUUUAUUAUUUUUUUGCAGUAUUACGUGUUCUUCACUAAUAUAUUUUUGAAUACUGUCAUCUAAAUCAGUGGGCCAUGGAAGAAUACUCAAUGUAUCAUUCAGUCUAUUCCCCUUGCCUCACAAUCAGAGUGUAGCUUAUCUAUUCCAAAUACAGAGUGUAUUUUUCCUUUUCUAAAAUUUCCCUUUCAAAUAGAUUUCAGACCUCUAGAGUCUUUCAACUCUCAUAUUCAAGAAUAAUUUCAUGAUAUUUAUUUUUAUGCCUUACAAUAUUCUUUCUUUUUUCUAUUCAAUUUUAUCUAGAUAUUAAUGAUUAAGAUAUAUUUUAUUUAUUUUUAUCCAUAACUUUUUCCAUAUAAGUAUGUAUGCUAGGGUCAGAAUAUCUCAAAAAGACAAAUUCAGCCAAAAACACUUUAAAAGCAUAUUUUGGUACCUGCAUUGCUUUGCACACCUCGAUUCUCCCAUAAAAUAAUAAAGUAAAACUGUUGCACAGUGAA